CACUCGACGACGACGACGACAGGAUGUGGACGACCGCAUCAAUGUGGGGUUUGCACCCGCACCUUUGCACGGCGCCACGACCUCGAACGACACACUCGCGUGCAUACUGGCAUCAAACCCUACGUCUGUCCUUGCUGUCUAAAAGCAUUUCCACGAUCCGAUGCGCGCGGACGACACUUCCGGAAC